CACUUCAUUAGGUACACCUGCACCAUCCAAUGACGUGUGACCACUUCAUUAGGUACACCUGCACCAUCCAAUGACAUGUGACCACUUCAUUAGGUACACCUGCACCAUCCAAUGACAUGUGACCACUUCAUUAGUGUCUUCCGUGAGAAGACGCUAGAAGCGAGCGUGGAAUGAAAGGUAGAAGAAGAAGACGAGAAAGUAACUUCGGACUGGAAGUGACGUGUGACCUUCAACCUCAGACCCGACAGGUCAUGGCAGCCUUGGCGGCGGCGUGGCUGCGAGUGCUCGCCGCUCUGCUCUUUGUGGCGCUCACACGCAGCCACCAGGCGGCGCCAGACACCUACCAGGCCAGCGCAGGCCGCCUCCUCCUGCUGCGAUGUCCCCUGACUGGCGCGCACAGCAACGUGACGUGGACCAGAGGGGGGACCGGAGGGGGCACCCUGCCCCCCGGGGUGGAGGUGAGAGAGGGACUGCUGUGGUUCCUGCCCGUGCGCACCUCUCACAACGGCACCUACACCUGCGAGGCCAGGGACCGGCCUGGACAACUGGUCUACUUUGGGGUCUUGGUGUCCCCCGACCUCUGCCCCCCGGCUGCCGAGGUCAGGAGCAUGACCCUGGGGGUCAGCCAAAGUCUUCCCUGCCAGCAGGACGACGUUCUGGCACUCAACCGCACGCACAACCUCCGCUGGCUCAAGGACUGCCACCCUGUGGAGCGCCAGGGUGUGCCCGUGGUCGUGCACGCCAGCGGCUCCAUGAGGCUGCCCGGGGCCACGCAGGAGGAUGCUGGGAAGUACACCUGUCUGGUGGAGGUCCGCCUCCAAGGCAGGAACUUCACGUCCGCACGCAGCAUCCAGCUGGAGAUCAACAAGGAGGUGGGGCGGACGCUGUUUACCGAGCCGGAGGUGUUCCUUCAACAGGAAGUGGUGGCGGUGGAACUGGGUGCCAGAGUGCAGCUGAAGUGUCACGCCUUGAUGGGCUUCCAGGAGGACCAGGAGGCCUUCUUGUUCUGGAUGGUCCACGGGACGUACGCCGAGGACGACGAGGAGCUGCAGGAGUCUUUCCACUCCAGCCGCAGUCGAGGUCGAGUGGUCCUCACGUCUACUCUCACCAUCACCAAAGUGGUCCCUCGCUUCCUCAACACUAAUUUCUCUUGUCGACUCACACAUCCUCUCAGAGGCAAAGAUCGCCUCCUGCUGCUUGUGGAAGCCAGUCCCAGCCACUCACCCUCCGCCGCGUCUGUCGGUGCGGCCGCCUCGCUGCUCUUCUUCUUCCUGCUGCUGGCGGCGGCGCUGCUCUUCUUCAAGGUGGACGUGACGCUGGCGUGCAGGAGGCUGCGAGGACGUUUCACACGCCAGCGAGGUCAAGUCACGUCGCCGGGCGCCGGCGGAAGGAGGUCCGCUUGUCGCCGCCGCCUCCUCCCCUCAGACGUCUACGACGCCUUCGUCAGCGUCCUCCGUGCCGGCCGGCCCACCUCAGACGCCGCCGCCUUCGCCCUGCACUCCCUGCCUGGCCAGCUGGAGGAGCGACAUGGUUACCGCCUCUUCAUCGCAGGACGUGACGACACACCGGGAGAAGCGACACACGACGCCAUGGCGGCCAUCUUGUGCAGAUGUCGCAGGCUGAUCCUCAUCCUGUCCUCUGGGGGGACGCAGACGGAGAGGAAGACGGAGAGGAAGACGGAGAGGAAGACGGAGAGGAAGACGGAGAGGAAGACGGACACGGAAACGGAGAGAAAGACGCAGACGGAGAGGAAGACGAAUAUGCAGACGGAGAGGAAGACGGAGAGAAAGACGGAUAUGCAGACGGAGAGGAAGACGGAGAGGAAGACGGAGAGGAAGACGGAUAUGCAGACGGAGAGAAAGACGGAUAUGCAGACGGAGAGGAAGACGGAGACGGAAACAGAGAGAAAGACGGAGACGGAGACGGAGAGGAAGACGGAGACGGAGACGGAGAGGAAGACGGAGACGGAGACGGAGAGGAAGACGGAGACGGAGCAGCUGAGCUACGAGCAGAAGUUGGGCCUCCAUGACGCUUUGACUGGCAAACACCCGCGAGUCAUCCUGGUGGAGAUAGACGGUCCCCCGGACUACGCAGACCUGCCAGAGUCCCUGGGCUACAUCCGGAGGCGGCAAGGAGCUCUGACAUGGAGGACCGACGGACAGUCCAACAGAAUUUUCUGGAAGAAGCUGCGCUACCACAUGCCCUCGCUACCACAGGGCGGACGCCACUUUCCAGACGCCAUUUUGUCAACACAGCCGUCUUUGUAACACCGCGGUCAAAAUGGUAUACCUUUUUUUAUUUUAGCUCACAACUUUUUGACUUCACAAUAGAGACGUAACAACUUCACCAUAAACUGCCGUAAAGUUCAGAACGCUUACCCUCACCUUUCAAACUACGGUGAUGGUCAUCUACUGCACAAGUAGCUAGCACGUGUUAGCGACACAUAUUCCAGCACGUGUUAGCGACAUAUAUUCCAAAGUCUCACUCUCUAAUCACUUCAAGGACAAAACAUGUCUUUAUUUCUUGGCAAGUUUGGAUGGUGAGAAGAGGUGUCAGGGAGGAGAUAACAAGUUUGGAUGGUGAGAAGAGGUGUCCGGGAGGAGAUAACAAGUUUGGAUGGUGAGAAGAGGUGUCCGGGAGGAGAUAACAAGUUUGGAUGGUGAGAAGAGGUGUC